AUGGUGCUCACUUCUGAAAACAGGGUCACGGAUUACUGGUGCUUCUUUGUUAAUAAUUAUAAUUAUUUGACCUUAUAGCUGUCGGCCCAUACAAAUUAAUUACGGAACAUUUGAAACAUGUUCAUGGUACAAAGCUAAUAAUCCAGGAAUAAACUUGAUUUAGGCGCGCAGCGUGUUUCUGUUUUCUGUUGUCAAACCUUGUUGCCAGCCGACAAACAUCAGCGAUAAGUGGGAGAUUCUUGAGAUGGAAAAAGCCCCCUUGCCUGGCGAUGAAAACAGGGCAGAGAUGACUGAGAGGCCAUCGAUGGCCCAGCUCCUUGAGGUGAACGGAGAUGUGAGUCUGACAGAAAAUGGAUCUGCGGACUCCUCUCGCGAUGCGUGGAGCAGUAAAAUACAGUACCUUUUAGCUCAAGUGGGAUUCAGUGUUGGGCUUGGGAACGUCUGGAGAUUCCCUUACCUCUGUCACCAGAAUGGAGGCGGGGCAUUUCUCCUCUUGUAUGUGCUGCUCUUGGUGCUGGUGGGAGUUCCUCUGUUUUUCCUGGAGUUGGCAGCCGGUCAGUGCACCCGUCAGGGCAGCAUCGGGGUCUGGAAGCUCAUGUCUCCCAAACUGGCAGGGAUAGGAUACUCCAGCUGUGUGGUGUGUUUCUUCGUUGCCCUGUACUACAAUGUCAUCAUCGGGUGGAGUCUCUUCUACCUGGGUAGCUCUUUCCAGUACCCCCUGCCCUGGGAACAGUGUCCUGAACCCAUUAACAAUAUUACUGUAAAGGAAUGUACCGACAGCUCUCCCACGACGUACUUCUGGUUCCGCAAGGCUCUGGACAUCACAGACUCCAUCGAUGAGUUUGGAGAAUUAAACAUCAUUAUAACCGUCUGUCUGCUGGCAGCCUGGACCAUUGUCUGCCUCGCCAUGAUCAAGGGGAUCAAGUCGUCUGGCAAGGUGAUGUACUUCUCCUCUCUCUUCCCCUACGUGGUGCUCCUGUGUUUCCUCAUCAGAGGGCUCCUGUUGGAUGGGGCGUCAGAAGGGAUCACCUACAUGUUCUACCCCAAGCUAAGCAUCUGGGGUGAGGUGCAGGUGUGGCGGCAGGCAGCCACCCAAGUGUUCUUCGCCCUUGGGCUGGGAUUUGGCUCUGUAAUUGCUUACUCCUCCUACAACCCCCCCAACAACAACUGCCAUCGUGAUGCCCUGAUGGUCUCCUUCAUCAACUUCUUCACCUCUGUCCUGGCCUCUCUCGUGGUGUUCGCUGUGCUGGGCUUCCGGGCAAAGAACUUUGCCAUGAAUUGCGUGACCAAAAAUUUGGCACUUCUGUCUGAGUUGCCUUCUCUGGAGCAGCAAUGGAUGCUUCAAUGGUUCAACAUUUCUGAUCCCAGUUCAGUUUCCCUGGAGGAGUACAGCGCAUGGUUUCAGCAUUCCGGGAGUAACCUCAAAGUACAAGGGGAGAACCUCACCGACUGCAGUCUGGAGGCGGAGAUGAGCAAGGGCGUGGAAGGGACAGGUUUGGCCUUCAUCGCCUUCACAGAGGCCAUGUCCCUGUUCCCUGCCAGUCCCUUCUGGUCGGCACUCUUCUUCCUAAUGCUACUCAACCUGGGCCUCAGCACCAUGUUCGGCACCAUGCAGGGCAUCCUCACACCACUCAUGGACAACUUUAAAACGUUCUCCCGCCACAAGACCCUGCUCACAGUGUGCAGCUGUGUGGUGGGAUUUGUGAUUGGGCUGCUAUUUACCCAGCGAUGUGGAAACUACUUUGUGACCAUGUUCGACGAUUACUCCGCCACUCUGCCACUCAUCAUCGUGGUCAUGUUUGAGACACUCAGCAUAUCCUGGGUGUAUGGGGCUGACCGUUUCUUAGAUGACAUUGAGAACAUGCUGAAGUGGCGGCCCCCGGUUCUGUAUAAAUACCUGUGGAAGUAUGUCUGCCUGUUUGCCAUGAUUGGACUUCUCGGGGCCAGUUUACUGCUUAUGUUUUUCAAGCGUCCCACUUACACUGCCUGGAACCAAGAUACGGCUUCAGAGAUGAGUCUGGAGUACCCUGGCUGGGCAUUAGCUUUGCUGGCAUGUCUUAUUAUUUUUGCCACUCUGCCAGUCCCAGUGGGCUAUGUUCAUUCUCUUCUGAAGGCCAGAAUGUGGCAAGGACCCGAGGGAGAGAGCGAGCGGGAUUUGAGAGAGCAGUACACAAAGUGCAGCUCUACUGAACCAGACUCCACCCCUGGACUCACACCAUUGGAUGAUGAUGACGGAGAAGAAGCGUCUUCCAGGAACUCUUUCCAACCACUGAAUGGAGAAAACUACCGGCUCCUCCCCCAAGAGGCAGAGGAGGGAGAAGACACCACUGGGAUCCUGUCCGCCCCCUGCUUCAAAGAAAGGACAACGUUGGCUCCACCCACAUUUUUCUUUCUGAUAGCCAAUCGGGGAGUUGGGACGCAGAAGGCGGAACUACACGUGGGGAGCGUGACCAAUAGCGACAUAGAAGUGGAACCACUGCGUUGGGGUCACGUGAUGUCAGGGAGUACUGUGACAAGAUGGGUGAUCUCAGACGACGGCAGCCACCUGAUUCGCAGAGAGGAAGUGGACGCAUCAUUUCCUAAAGGUGUGGAAUCCCAGAUGGUGCAAGUAAAAGACGAGAAUUGUGUCCGACCUGUCACUAACGUAUCAGCUUCAUCGUCACUGUCUACCAACAAAAGAAAUGCUAUGCCUGCUCAGCUGCCAGUGUCAUACCCGUGUGCUUACUGUGACAUCUGCUUCACGGCCUCGCACUACCUGGAGAAACAUGUCAAGCGAUCACACAGGAAGCAGUACUUAGAAAUGCUGCGGAGUCGAAACAUCACUUUCAGCAAAACUCCUGCCUCCACUUUGGCCACUUUAAAUAAAACCCCUACGACCACUUCAGCUGCAUUCGCCAGAGCCCCUGCCUCUACUUCAGCUACUUUCAACAAAACCCCGUCCACUGCCCCAGCUACUCUCAGCAAGGCUCCCACCUCCCCAUCGAGACCCUCUGGACCGUCCUUCUCACAAGCAGCCCCCCUCACCUCACCCAAGAACAUCCGCUCCCCUGCUAAGGUUGAAUGUGCUCCUACCCAUCAGUCAGAAGAGCAUCAAGCCUCUGCAGGUCCGACUGUAAGCGACACUCCCGUGACACCUGAGAGGACCUCUGACCCUUCUCCUUUGCCUCCUGCCCCUAACUCCAUGAAGCCUUCUGACUCAGCGCCAUCUUCUGGCCAGGUCCAGAUAGCAGGGAAGCCCAUUCCAAAGGAAGCUGCGAAGCAUGAGGUUCCCCAGUCUCUCUCUCCCUCUUCAGAGGCUGAGGAAGUGAAGAAAAGAGCCUCUUGUACUCAUUGCGGGGGGAGGAGAGGAGGGCGGACAGAGGGAGAGGGGGAGAAGGAAUGCGGCUGUGUGGAAGGCACACUCUUUCUUUGCAAUGAGUGUGGGCAGAGCUUUCCUUCUUUCUCCACCCUUAGCAUCCACCAGGACCAAGUACACUGGGGUAAAGGGCAGGGCAGAGGGGAGGAGGGAGAGACUCUGUACCUGUGCACUGAGUGUGGCCUCAGCUUCCCCUGCCUUGAGCUACUGGGCCAUCACCAAUCCCUCCACGACUCCCCAGGAGCCAAGGACCAGGAAGAGGGAACGGAAGAGGAGGAAAAAGACGAGGAUGACGACUCUCUGCCCUUCGCCUCCCAGCCGCACACCUGCCCGAACUGUCAGAAAACCUUCAAAACCGCACGCUACCUGAAAACCCACAUGAAGAUCCACAGUGGCCAGGUGCCUUACCACUGUGACCAGUGCGACAAGCCCUUCACCCAGCUGGGCGACCUGAAGACGCAUCGCCGCACCCACACCGGCGAGAGGCCCUACCAGUGCUCCCAGUGCGGCAAGUGCUUCGGCCGCUCUGGGACUCUGAAGAAGCACUGGCGCACACACACGGGGGAGACACCCUACGUCUGCGCGGCGUGCGGGAAGCAGUUCAACCAGCUGGGGGCGCUGAAGACUCACGAGCGGAUCCACACCGGGCAGCGGCCUUACUUCUGCUCCCGCUGUUCGCAACAUUUCACCUACUCCUACCAGCUUAAGAGACACCGCUGUGUGCACAGCGACAAGAGUUGAGGUGCCUUGGAGGAACUGCACUUAAAGGAGCAAUGCUGAGGGGUAGAUCUCCUCAGAGCGCGUUACUGACUCCCAUCAGCUUUGAAAUGCAGAGCUGCACAUGCUGACAUGCGCUGAUGCGCAUGGAGAGUUUGCACCCAUAACACUGCUUAGAGAGACUGGAAGACUGGGAGCAGUAGUGAGCAUAGCACUGGAUAGUGUGCAUAGCACUGCACUGGAGAGUGUGCUUAGCACUGGAUGGUGUGCAUGGCACUGCACUGGAUAGUGUGCAUAGCACUGCACUGGAGAGUGUGCAUAGCACUGGAGAGUGCAUGACAGGGAGGCAGUAGGAGCGCUAAUAUACUGGUAUGGACUUUACAAAAGAGUGUGAUGCAGAUACACUUCUAGAAUACCAUAGGUCGUGCUGAGAGAGGUGCUACCCUUCCCUCCACUGUGAACAACACUCUUUCCAAUGUCACAUGUUCAGUAUGGAGGUUUGCUACUGCUCUAAAAGCCUGAUUUUAUACUCCGUCGCAUGACCCUUGCGACAAGUGUCAUAUGACAAAAAAGACACUUCCUCAUCAUGCAGUUUGGCAUCUCAUUAUAUAGACAUGCAGGUAUAAGUAUAAAUGCAAAACUUGCGACUGUUUCAUUUUUGUCGCACGACACAAAAGGCUGUGCGACUAAGUAUAAAUCAGGCUUAACUGAGUUAUGUCACUGUGCGGCCCUGGUUAUCCCCUUUAAGGGGAAAUUGACUCCCAGCUGAUGAGAGGAGUGAGAGAGAUGGAUGUGCAACAACCUAUCAGUGCUGGGAACUGAGAAACACUGCCCCCUUUGCCCCCUGUAAGUCCCAAAGUCAUAUAGUGAAAAUGCUGCCAAAUAUUUGUCACCAAGCAUUCCCCUUCUAGCUCAUCCUCUGUGUAGGCCUUAGGGUUUGGUCUGUAUGGAUAUCUCUUUUCCUCUCCUGUCUUAGAAACCUGCAUAUACACUUCAUGCUAAUUCUGUCCCUGGGUGUGUAAUGCCGUAAAACUGCUUCCUUCUUUACAUUUGUACUAUUGAGCAAACACUGAAUAGAGCUCCUUGGCUAUGGAAUGUUACUAUUGCCAAUUUCUGAUUGCCAUCAUUUUAAUUUAAGAUCAGAAACUUAAGUCUGAAAAUGUCAGAGGUGGAUCUUUGAAAUACCUCAUUCAUAGCCAUUCAGCUUUCAAAGUUUUGUUUCUGCUGUACUUGCCUUCUUUGGAAAACUAUAAAUGACACUGUUAAUCUGUGUUUCAUAAUUAAACCUCAGAGGUAUUGUU